AUGCUUCUUCCCUCUUUCACUGAUGCAAGCAAGGAUAAGUCGCCUGAAGAUGUUAUAUCAGCUGUUAAUCAAAGCUUAUCGAAUAUUCCAUUAGCACCAAAGUUUAUGUGGUUAGACACCUAUUUCAUCAGUAAUCCUGAUUCAAAAGCCAAUAUAGACUAUAUAACUCGUUUACGUUCGGCUGCUGAUAAAGUUAACAUUCGAGUUGAUAUUUUGACUUCAAUUGAAGUAUGGAAACAACAUAUGGAAAACACGGAUGUUUUCAAAAAUCAAGGAGUUCUUGACUGGGAUGAUCAAGCUAUCGUUGAAGUUCUUACUGAGAAGUAUGGAGGAUGGAAUGCUGCAUCCGUUUACUCAACCAAACCUCAUUUAGAAACCUGUUCAAUCUAUCAUGCUGAGUAA